AUGUGGUUGCUGAAAAAUUACCUUAAUAUUAUCGCUUUUAAAUGUCAUUUACAUAUUAAUACUUGGAAUCGUAAUGCUAUAUUGUUUCCAUCUGCUGACAUCAUCGUACUUCAAUUUUCUUUCUUAGCCGUUAUAUUGACGUGUCGCUUGUCCUUUAAAAUUCGAAUAUAUAUCAUCGACAAAAUCAUGAUUCCUUUAAAUCAGUCUUGA